AUGCGCAGCGGGAGUAGCGAUCCGCAGGCCUUCGCGCUCCGGCUUGCCUGUUUCCGCCCGGGCACUAGUAGCGCUGGCACCGGCAGGAAGCGGAGGGGGACGCUGUCGCCAUGGCGACCGGCGGCGUUUCGGCACGGCGGCAACGGUCGCGACGCUCCCGGGGUGCCGGGUGUGCAAUCAACAGUGAUAUCAAGAAGGUCAAGGCUUCAGUCUUGUUCUAAACAUCAAACAAAAUCAGUUCAGAGCUGUGAUGGAGUAUCAGACCUAGACAGCUACAAAUCAAACAGGACAGAAAGUUUCUGCCUUAUGUCACCAUCCAAGAGAAAUAGACCCCAAAGUGCUCCCACAGGUCAACUAAGUAUACAACACUACCAUGCCCAGAAAGCAUCUGCAUUAUGCAAAGUUAUUAAACAGCAGCCAAAUAUAAUCAAAGUCAUUGCUCACAAGACUGGCACAAAAGAUAUCUUUGCUAAAUAUUCCUUACCUCUUGCAUUCAUUUGGCUGCUGGAGGAGUGCACCGGCAAGCUGAAUGUGAACAUGGCUGCACGAUGAGUGUUCUUGGCAGACGGCACCGAAGCACUAGAACCUAAAGACAUACCCCGUGAAGCCGAUGUUUGUAUUUCAACUGGAGAGCCCUUUUCAGAGCCCCUAAAAAAAAAGUCAAAAAUUCUUCGGUAUUUUUAA